CUUGCUGCGAAGACUCUGUGGCGGGCUUCCUGCGCUCAGCCUUCGAACUUUGGCAGUUUUCUUCGCCCCUUUUUCGACGUUUUUCCAGACAUCGACCACACCAACAGAGUCUUAAGUGUGCGUCCAAAUGUGUGUUUAAGUGCGUGAAGUCAUUUGGUUUGCAGGUCACCCAUUAUCAGCUGGAACUUGUGUUCACAAAGGAGACACGAGUGGAAGGUCCCUCUAUUGAACGUUAAAUGGUCAUCAUCCUUGAAUGCACAGCAGUGGGCUGCCAGCUUGGAUUGUUGCAGUAAAUGGCAGAGAGUUACAGGUUAGAAGAUGAAGCCUUCCCCAGCUUCCUGUGCAAGUCAUUGGACAGCACCACGUUGGGGAAUGUGACACAGGGAUCCGGGCCUGGACUGCCCGUGGCGACUUCUACCGCGGCUAAGAUUAGACCUCAUUCUGACAACAGAGGGGAUCGCGUGGAGGCCUCGUAUCUGGAGGAAAGAGUGCUGCAGCAGAACAUCUCCCAAUCAUCCCAGGCCCAGCAGCGCAAGUUUGCCCUCAGCUUCAAAGAUGACAUGGACAAUGCAGAUGAUUUUAUUGCAGCCCAUAAUCUAUCAGACAUGCUGCUCAAGUUUCACACGGAUGACACUCCAUCCCGAAACCAAGGCUCCCUGCUGCAUCUUCUUCCCACUCACAUGGCCUCAAUCCAGGGCGGCCACACAGAACUUCCAACAGAUCUUUCAGCCGGCCUUCUGACAUUUGCUCAGUUUGAACAUAAGCAUUGUACAGAUACCAAAGCUCCAUCCCCACCGUCCGCAGCUGAGAAAGAGAAUGUUGAAAGUGAAGCCACGGACAGAAACCAUUUCAGUGGCAGCAACUCCAGUUUUGUGGCAAAUGAACAGCUCAUGUCUGUGGACAGCAUGAACAGUGACACAACUGAUGAUGACAUUGAUUUGAACAACUUGCCUGAUGAUGAACUGGAGCUGUACUUCAAUAAACUGAUGCCCGCAGCCAUGGAAAGAGGCACAGUGGAGGGCCAAGAGCUGCCUGCUGCAGAUGCUACAGGGCCACCCCAGGCAUCCCAUUCAAGGACCAUCGAGCAAGGGCAGUGCAAACAUCAGAUCCGUGAUGACAUUGAUCAGGACACCCUCCAGAUGCCUGACGUACGUCUGGCUGCCACAGGUAUGGACUCCUGUCCUGCCAGUGACGAGGACACCGAGGAUGAGCUGGAGUCUGUUAGACAGACAAGUUCCCUAAGAACAAAGCUACUGCCAAGCACCUCCAGACAAUUGGUUGGCGAGAGUCGUCAACCCUGCUUUAGGCCAGGUUUAGAAGGAGGAAGCUCUGACGAUGAGCCGUCAAGUGGCCUCGGCGGUCCAUGUCUGUCUGGGAUUGAACACAGACGAUCUGCUGAGGGACAAGUUAUUAAUCCUCCUGUUACAGCAGAGGAUGGAGGUGGUGGAGAUGGGAGCAGCGGGAGUGAAGAAGGUGGAAAUAACGGUGGAGUUUCAUCAAUGCCUUUUCCAAUAAGCACCAAUGACAACGCCUAUGACGUGCUGCGCGGGCUGGGCCUCGUGGGUAGCAGUGCUGUUGGUGAAGAUGGAGAUGGUGCUCGUAACAGCCUAACAGCACCUGGAAGGAGCAACCUUUCUACCCGCACGGAGAUGGGCGAUCGCGUGGGUCCUGUAGGAACUGUUGAGGCCAGCAGCUGUAAAAAUUCAUCACGGGGAAGUCAAACUGUCUCUCCUGUGAACUGGAGCAUGCUUAUGGACAGACGGGAAGAACAUCAGGAUGAGUCCGGGGCCACCACUGAGCCAUCCCGCUCUGUUGACGUGAAAAGGGAAGCUCAACUUCAAGUUACCCAGGACAACUCCCAGGCUCAGACUUUAUUGCAGUUGAGGGGAGGCCCGUGUGGUAACGCAUCAGAAGCUGUGGCGUCAGACACGACCAGUGAGGAAGACUGUGACCUUUCUACCUCCCUGGAUCCCAAAUAUUUCUGCCAGAGCUUCCAGGAGGAAGAAGGGGAAUCAGAUGAUGACUGGAACAACUGUCCAGCAAAUCUGGACUUGGAGUUUCACCAAGGUGCCAGUGCUCCUCACAGUGUGGUGUACCAGGAUGAAGAAGGGCAGUGGGUGACAGACCUGGCUUAUUAUACCACCUUUGAGAAGGAGACAACGCAACAUGAUGGACAGCUUAAAAAUGAGGACUUUGUUUCUUCUGGUGAUGCUCUGGAGAAGAUCAUCAAAGAUCAGGAGGAAUUUGAAAAAGAGCACCGGUUUAUGCAGGAGGAGCAGAUUGUACCAGCCAGCAGCAACAGCACCGUACUCAUGGACUCUUCUUGGAAAGCUGCUAGCAGCAGACACAUUUUGAUGAGGGCGUCUCAGGUUUCUUCUGAUUUUAACCAAGGCGACCAAAGCUACCUGCGACUGUCAUUAGGGCAGUUUUUUCAACAACGUUCUGAAGCCUUGGGCUGUCUUGGCAGCGCUAACGAUAUGGACUUGGUCAAACGGCCAUCCUUUGGCUUUAUUAUCAGCUCUCCUGAGAAGAGGGAACCAUUUGCGCUGAUCCACCCCUCUGACUUGUCACCUGGGGAGAAUUCACCUCACAGUGACUCCAUGGAUGUCAGUGAAGGUGAUAAAACGCUCAAACCUGAUGACUUGGACAAAACCUUUGAGGUAGCAGCGGGUGAAAGGAUGUCCCCAAAAGGGAACAAAGACGUUAACGCUUCUAAUCAGGAGGAUGCCGUGCUUCGCUGCAAUGAGGGUCCUGACUCUGCAGCCAAUCAGAGCUCCAUGUCCCCCCAAAACAACCUUAUGCUGAGUAUCAGCACCAUUGCAUCAGCCAUUGCAGACGCAUCCAUUAGUACCAACCCAUCGCAGCUGGCUGCUAUGAUCUUGCAGCUGUCUAAGAAAUGCAGACAGAGACAUCACCCAGAGACCCCUGAUGUUUUUGCAACUGGAAAAGUCACAGAGGAACCAUGCUCAAAUCAACAUGUCCAUCCUGAUGCAGAGCAGCUGAACAGCCUGUUGAACACGCUACAAAGUAGUAGUAAUGUGGGAGAGCAGAGUGCCUUUGACAUGGAGAAAUACUUGAAACAGACAGAUACAUCUUUCCACAUUGACGCAUCUGCAGCACAAACUACCUUUGACCUCACUGGCUGCCUUGACAACUUCAGGUCCUCUAAGAAGAUGCAGACAGAAGAAGAAGAAUGCUCACCUCAUGAAUCAGAGAGCGCAAGUGCCGUGCACAAAGACCGAAAAGAGCCAAGAUUCAAGCCUAGAUCUUCCAACAAAAAGGCUGACGCAAAAAGAAGCUGUACGUCAUUGACUCACUUUACGGGUAAGAAAUCCCAGCCAGCCAAGAUUGUCAUGGCUGCACCUCUGCAUCAUAGCUCUUUAGAGAAACACGUGGGCGUUUUUUUACAAAACACUCAGCCUCCACUUGAGCACGUAUUUGGGCCGCCACCUGAACCUCACGUGGAAGAAGAGACACAAUGCAACUUCCGACCCUCCACCGCUCCUUUAACGCACUCCUCUCCAAGCCAGAGCUCCCCUCCUGAAGCUGACAGUCCUCCCAGUCCAAGUCAUGACAAGUCCUCUCCUCAGUCCACCUGCUCCAGCCCGAGUCUCAACAGGCUCACGUACGUCUCAAUGAAUGACGCCACACUUGUACCCACACCAGAAAGGCACAAGAAUAAUUGUAGCAUGGCACUCAGCACCACCAUCAUCAGAAUCAGUCCAACCCCUCCUGUGGAGCCAGAUGCACCAUCUAACCAGGAUCUACCAAAGCAGAGUCAAAGGCUGGAAGAGCUGCCAGCACAGCAUAGUCUAAAAACAUGUGGUGGAAAUACUCUGAGUUGUACCCACUGCCAGAGUGAAUGUGGCUGUCCCAGUGUUCAAACUCUUAGCCACAAGAACCCCUUGGAGUCCAAUGGAAGGAAACUCACUAAAGUGGACUAUUGCAGUCAUUCUCACAUUCCACAAACCAGCACCACAGCAGCUGCCCAGACCUCUGAACAUUGGGGAGCUCCCAGCUCUGUCUCGUCACUAUAUUCUGAUGGCUUUCACGCCCUUCCCAACUUGAAGCCUGUGUAUCCUGGCUUGAUGGAUUUGAUGCAGCAAGGAGAUGUGCAGUCCCUCCUGGCAGGACCCGCCCUCAUCAACUCCCAACUGGCUCAGCAGUAUUUAGCAAGUGAUGCUCGGUUAAAUCCUGGGGUGUAUAAUGUGGGAGCGGCAAGAAGCGGCCUCUACAGCGUCUCAUCUUCAGGUGUGUCCAACAGUAAGCCGACAGCGAGACACGUCCAUCCCACGGCAUGGCCUUUGGGGAUGGCUGCUGCUCCUGGGUCCCAUCACCUUCCCAGAUCCAUGCAGAACCAUCAGGACAUGGGGGUGAAACUCUACAGUCAGUAUGGUGCAGAACCACUCCUGGCAGGUGGUCUUGAAGAACUAAGCGUUCAAGUGGUGGUGCCUGAGGAGUUGCACUUUCCUAAUGCCUGCUGUGUGGGCAUCGCUUCCCAGACCUCCCUCAGCCUCUUCAACCCCUCUGAACGAUGGCAGCAAGUGUCCAUCGCAGUUGCAAGUCUGGCCAUCGAUGGAGAGAAGGUGGGCAGUGUGCCUUACCAGUGGUUGGUUGUCAAGAACAAGACAAUCAUUGCCCCCAAAAGUACAGAAGAGCAGAAAGUGUUGUUCAUUCCUCCAAAGGCUGGCGUCUACCACAGUGUCCUCCGUGUUUGCUCUUGGCCUGCGUCUGCCAACACACACGUGGCUGCCAGGGCCGCUCUUUUUGCCAAAGGGGUGCUGCUGGUCGCCAUUGCAGAGAAUCCCUCCAUAGAGGUUGAAGUGGACAAAUCUGGAUGUUUGAAUUUUGGUGAUCUACCAGAAGGUAGUUCUAAAUCAAUUCCCCUGAAACUUACCAAUAUGACUCGAGCCACGGUACCCAUCAGGCUGGUUGUCAGUGCUAAGGCGACAUCAUGGUGCUGCUUCACGCUGUCUAAGCAGCCUGCUCCCUUGGCAUCUGAGGCGGCCCAGCCAGCAGGACCCAUGACGCCACUGAUGUCUCCUUCUGUCGUCAAUCAUGUGAUGCAUGCCAGCUAUGGAGAGAAUCCAGAAUGUUUUAUGGUUUGGGUUCACUUCAAGGCCUGGGGGAAGUACACAGCCUCAUCAGGAGAGCUAGGUCUCGCAAAUGAGUACUGCGCCUGCAUAGAUGUUGAAGUGGACUCACCCGCUGCCGGUCAUGUGAUCAAAAGUGUUCCCGUCAGAGCUCGGUCUGGAACUGCCAUAGUCCAUGCACCUAAAGAUCUGCAGACUAUGAAGACCAACUCCUUCAAGACUGUGCCCUUGCGUGCUGCACUGGGUAAAUGUUGUCAAAGCACACUGCCCUUAAGGAAUGCAGGAAACAUUGAUGUGCAGAUGAAACUCAAGACCAACGAUGAGUGUUUCUCAGUCACACCUGAUCAAUUGUUCCUCACCGUGGGAGAAGAGCGACAGGUCGUGGUUUCAUUUCAAGCGUGGGGAGCCAAGAAAUACAGAGAGAGCCUUCUCACCAUCUUGGUGCUGCCAUCAGGCCCUCAGUAUGAAGUCACGUUAAAAGGAGAUGUUGUCCCAGAAGAGGCAGCUGCCGAAGUUGGCCCUGGCCUGGCCAGUGAGCUCCCCCCAAUUCUCUCUAACAAGCAGUUUGUGGCCUGGGGAGGGGUCACCCUGGGGCAAGCUGUUCAGCAGAAGCUGGUUCUAAGGAACAAUUCAAGCAACGCCAUUCAGCACCUGCGCUUGAUUAUCCGUGGCCAAGACCAGGACUGCUUUCAGCUGCAGAGUUUGUUCAGUCCAGAGGAGCGUUUGUCCCGGAAUGGAGAGCUCUCCAUUCGCCCCAGAGAGGAUGUGGCCAUCCACCUGCUCUUUGCCCCCACGAGGGUGGCUUGCAUGUUGGCCAAGCUGGAGAUCAAACAGUCAGGAGUGCGUUCAUCUCAACCGGGGGUCAAAUUCACUAUUCCUCUUUCUGGCUAUGGCGGCACCAGCAACGUCAUCUUGGAGGACCAGAGGAAGGAGGUGGACGGCUACGUGGCGUCAGUGUCGGAUGUUGCGGUGAACCAUGUCAGCAAGGUGUGCCUCUGCGUGAGGAACACUGGUUCCAGAGCUGCUUUCAUCAAAGCCGUGGCCUUCUCUGAUGUACCGUCUCGCUCGCUUAUGGACCCAACUGUCAUCAGUCUGGCACCCUCACAGUUUGUCCUCAAGGAAAGGACACAAGAGGUGGUCACAGUGCUACUCAAAUGUAGCCAAAGGGAGCAAACCCUGUGUCAGUCGGAGACACCCCUGCUGGCCACCGUGCUGCUCUUUUGUGGAGAUGAGGUCUCCAGGCAGCAGUACAGGAGACUGCUUGAAAGCAAACCAGAUGUCGGACAGAAAGUUCUCGCUGAGAACAGCUUGCAGAAAAACACCAAAUUCGAUGAGACGUUUUUGGGAGAGGAAAUGAUUCAUGAAGCAGUGGAUCUGCCUCCACGGCCCAAUGAGGCAUACGUCUUCUACGGGCAAAUGAGAAAGGUUGCGGUGUCGUUACUGGGAAGCACAAAUGGCAGAGUGUGUGAGGAGAGUGACAGCACCGAGUUACUGCUGACCUCUACUAGACAAGACCUGGUAACAGAGAGUGGCCUUACAAAUGGCAAUGUGUCUUUGGACGUGCUGCCAGUGAAGGGUCCACAAGGUCCAGCAAUGAGAGUCACAGCAUCCUCCUUAAAGACCUCAGAGCCAUCUCAAAAACAGCCUGAGUCCUGGACUCUGCAUCCACAGCAACUUGUCCUUGCAGUUCCCACUAUGAACGCUGUGGCCAGCACCAGUCAGGUGCAGAUCAAGAAUAAUACCUCUAGAGAGCUGAGCUUUGACUUGUCCUGGCCUGCCCGCUACCUCACCAUCACCCCUCAGCAUGGAGUCAUUGAGCCACAUUGCCACCUGCAGAUUUUCAUCAGCCCCAACCCUUCAGUCGCCAGCAUGCUCCCUUGGAGUGGACAAAUAUACGUCCAAUGUGAUGGUCAGCAGAAGUCGAUCAAGAUCCAGAUCCGUCAGGAUCUGGCACUGGAUGUUUCUGCUACCCCGGCGGAUGCGACUCUGUCAGCCCUCAGCCCUCAGGCAGCCACUCCUGUGUUGGCGACGUCUAAGUCAGCACUGGCCCUCACGCCUCAGCAGUUAGCUCCAGCUCUGGUCCACAUCAGCAACAACAUCCUCUUCCCCAACACUCCCUCAGGAGAAACAUCAGAGGCACAGCUGGUGGUGGAGAAUAGGGACGUGGAAGUGAGGUGGUACCUAUCAUCAUUUGCACCUCCCUAUGUCAAGGGGGUUGACAACAGUUGUGAUGUGUACCGGGUCACCUACACUGCUUUCAGGUGCUCCAGAUUGUCAGGCACUUUGGGAGCCCAUGAAAAAAUGCAGGUGCCGAUUACAUUCCUGCCAAGAGGCAGGGGCGACUAUGCUCAGUUCUGGGUUUUUGAGUGCCACCCAUUGUCUGAGCCCCAGCAGAAAUGUCAGAUACGCCUCGAGCUACAUGGAACGGGGGUCGACUGUGGAGGAGUGGUAGGACCCCAGAAAGGAGAUUGCUCUUUGGUCAAAACGGAGGCCACCACUAAGGCGAGGAAGAAAGCUGAAGUUGGAGCAGGGAAGAGCAGCCAGGAUGAACCCGUGUGGAAGGGUGUUAAUUGCCCUCAAGAGCUUUACACUUUCCCCCAUACGUGCGUUGGCCAGUCCAGCACGCUGAAAGUCAACAUCCGCAACAGCUCGGUCAACACAUACGAGCUGAGGUUUGUAAAGCCUCAGGAGCCCUUCCACAUCAAGCAUUCCAAAUAUUCCCUGAGGGCUCAACACUUUGUGAAGCUGCCUGUGGAGUUCAGACCGAGCAGUGCAGGCAAACACGCCGGCUUGCUGCUCGUCCAGUCAGGAAGCAGCAGAAGUCUGCUCAUCCAGCUGGCCGGUGAGGCGUUGUCUUCAACAUAACGCUGGCUCUCUACGUCUUCCCUACCGAGACACUUCCUGAAUUGGAUUUGUGCAGUAGUGUCGGUUCAGAGCCGCGUCUCUGGCUAAGGUAGAGCUGGACUACUGUAGAAACAUGUGCCACACGUUAACGGCCACGUUUGGAGUGAACUGAAAGAAGGAAGUCCUGAUCUUGUUUCUGUGUGAUGUGCCGUAACUCCACAAUGAGGACGUGUCUCACAGGCCCUUGGUUCCCAGCCUCUUUGUUCCUUGGGGAAGCUGCGCAAGGGGCGGACCUGUCACGUAAAUCUCGUCGACUCGAUUAGAGGAGGUAGACUUUGAACUGGAGAUGUGUUUUAGUUUCUAUGCAAACGUGUCAUUCUGUUUUACCAGCACACAUGAUUGAGUUCAGGCAAAGGUGGACAUCGGGGGCAUCCAAAGUCCAGCUCGCGGCAAACUAACGUUGAUUUGGAGUGGACGAGGAAAUGUAUUUGAUCAGUAGUCAUUUGUGAACACGUGCAUUGCACAACACAGCAGCAACAGAAGCAAUGCUCUGAGCACUCAGCCAGCUUUCAUUAGAAAGCUCUUCUUUCUUGACGUCCACUAAGUUACCAUGGUAACCCCUUCAUCACUUUGCAGUAAAUGUUUAGUUUUUCUACAAUGUUAGAAUGUUAAGCACACUUUUUUCACAGUUUAUUUCCUUGGAUUGUGAGUUUUAAUGUGAAGGAUGCAAUAUGUACAUACAUUGGUGUAUUGCUAUGUCGGAAAUAAAGUCUUUAUUAAAUAUCAGCAUUGCCUCUUGUUAAAGCUCGUGCUGGGCAAAUAUUACCAAUAUUAAUCGCAUGCUGUAUGUCCUAGGUUCCCACAGUGGGGUACGCCCAAGGGUGUAACUUGGGUCUAAGA